AUGGCUACUGGUGGUGCCACUUGCGACCAUAGGGCUGAAGAAUGUGGUGAUUACCAAAGCAAGAAAGAAAAAGAAAAAGCAGAAAUUAACAGAGAAGGCACAAGAAGCAUAAAAGAAGGAGAGGAGACCAAGUGUGGCCACAAAUGCUGCCGGCGUAGGGCAAAUGUUGUCCUACCCUUGAAGUAG